UUUUCAAUAACCGAAAGACAUCAAUUUCACCAAACAAUCUAAAAGAAUUUGUGGCCUACCAAAGUUGAAACCAAAUUAAAAAAAAAAAUGUCAUCGGAAAGAGCUAAAUCAACGAACCACUUGCCGGAAACAGAUAACUCCGGCCUCAAUUAUGAAACUGAACUCACCCUCGGUUUACCCGGCGAAUCAAGAAAGCAAAUCUCCGGCACAAAACGUAAAAUCUCCGAAGUUACAGAAUUAAGCCUAGGAAGUUCUAAUAACUGCAAAAAUGAUCACUCAAAAACUGAAAUCUCUACUGGAAGAGCCAACCCUCUUGCAAAGACACAAGUAGUGGGAUGGCCGCCUGUAAGAUCAUCCAGGAAGAACGUUAUAGAAAAGUGCAAGUACGUGAAGGUGGCAGUUGAUGGAGCUCCUUACUUGAGAAAAGUAGAUCUGGAGAUGUACGACAGUUACCUGAAACUGUUAAAUGCUCUGCAAAAAUUGUUUACUAAUUGCUUAACUAUCUGUAAUUUUCAAAGUGAGAGCAAGCUUAUGGACCUUACAAAUGGUGUAGAAUAUGUACCAACUUAUGAAGAUAAAGAUGGGGACUGGAUGCUUGUUGGAGAUGUUCCUUGGAAAAUGUUUGUUGAUACGUGUAAGAGAAUCCGGUUGAUGAAGAGCUCGGAGGCUGUUGGAUUAGGUAAUCUAAUUAUUAAGUGCCUUCCACUUUCAUUAAUUAAUUUGUUACUAUGAUUAGCUGUAGACCUGUAGUACUAACUUUUUUUGUUAUUUUUUUUGUGUAGCUCCAAGGACACCCGUGAAAUCCUCGAGUACAAGUUAAAUAAAGAAGCCUACGUCUCAUCCUAAUUACCCAAAUUAUAUAACUGCAUGUACAGAUACUAAUGGGGAUUAAGGCUAUUCCCCUAUGCCUUACUUUAAUUCUAGGAAAAUAGGAUAAGGAAUAUAAUGAAUAGAUAUUAGGCAAUUAUUUACGUAGAAGUGUAAUUUUGUACUGUGAACCUUCCUGUGUGAGGGAAGAGGACCAUUUUUGUUAUUAUUGUAUUUGCGCGCGUGUUUUUGUUGUCACAAUUGUAGAAGAAUUAACCUAUUUGUAAUCUGGUACGAUUUGUGUUAAAAUGAUGAAGUUGAAUU